AUGAUUGAGGGCACCUCGCUAGCAGUGCACCGCUGCCGGUUCAUCGACUUUUCUCCCUCCGCGAUCACCGCCCUAGCCUUUCCUCCUCUCCCGCUUCCCUCAGUCAAGGGAAAGAAAAGUGCUGCAAGCUCUAGUCGGAAAGCGCUGACGCCCGGGACAUUGGCAGUAGGGAGGGCGAAUGGUAACAUCGAGAUAUAUGAGUGGACGGGCUCGGAGCAGAAGGUGCAGGCACCGCAGGCCUGGGCAGUGCGGAAGACAAUACCCGGCCCAUCUCCCUCGAAAGUCGAUUGCCUAGCCUUUACUAUCAAGAAUCCCGACCAAGUAGGUGAAGGCGGGGUGCCUACGCUUGCGAAUCUACGACUGUUCAGCGCAGGAGGGAGCAGUGAAUUAGUAGAGUGGGACCUUGAACGGUCCUGCAUUAGGAGAACAUUGAGCUCGCAAGGAGGCUCCAUCUGGGCGGUGACCCCAAAUCCUGCAGGCACUCAGCUCGCCCUCGGCUGCGAGGACGGCUCCAUCCGACUCAUCUCCAUUGAAUAUGACUCCCUUACGCAUCUACGCCGCUUCGACCGAAUCAAGAAUCGCAUACUCAGCAUUGCUUGGGGUCCUCCGAUUCCGCGUGACACAAGUAAGACCCAAGAAAAGGCAGCUACAGAAGACAGCGACGAUGACGACGACGAGGAUGACUGGUCGGACUCCUGGCUCGUAGCAGGAUGCUCAGACUCGUGUGUGCGCAAGUGGGAUGUGGGCACCGGCCGUGUCUUGGAUCGGAUGACUACGGAGAAGGUGAAGGGCGAGCGAACGCUAGUGUGGGCAGUGGGAGUUCUCGGUGACGGCACAAUAGUGUCCGGAGACUCGAUGGGCAUAGUGAAAUUCUGGGACCCAGUGACAUGUACACAGACGGACAGCUUCCCCGGUCAUGCAGCAGAUAUUCUCUGCAUGACAAUCAGUCCGGACGGAACAGCUGUGUACACCUCAGGCGUCGACCAGAAGAUCACCCAAUUCACCCACGUCAAAAUGACGAACCCGAAGAGUACAUCCGUGCUCAAGCGCAGCUCCUCCCGUUGGAUCAUGUCCGCCUCACGCCGUAUGCAUUCACACGAUGUUCGCGCCCUCACCAUCUGGCCGCCGCAUACACCCCUCCCUCCCGCCUACCGCCGGCAAUUCCCCAUCGACGUCGCACCAAUUCUCGCAUCCGGGGGCCUAGACAUCGCUCGCUCCGCGACCGUCACGAACAUCACGAACCCGCUCGUGACGAGUACGGAGGCGACAUUUGGGGACUCAUAUAACCGAAGAUUGGCGUAUAGUUCGGGGCCGUCCAAUACGUCUGCGAUGCACCUCGCGCGGCAGGCGCGACUGUUGCUCUGCAUGAGGGACACGUCUUUGACGGUGUGGCGAGUCCUACAAAGGCAGAACCCACUCGAUAUCGAAAGCUUCGACGAGGAGAAGCCGGAUGGCGGGUUCGAGCGUAUCCUGGACAUGGACCUCAACGUCCAUACGAACCAUGUUGCAAGCGCAAUCUCGGACGACGGACGCUGGAUAGCUGUGUCAGACUGGUACGAGACUAAGCUGUUUGAGCUGAAGCAAGAGUCGAAUGGCGAUCUGACACCUCGUCGGAUACGAGAUUUUUCUGCUAUCCUGCACAGCCAGCUUCCUGAUAAGACACCGUCAGCAGGCGCAUCCUCCCUCAUAUUCUCGCCAGACUCGUCAAAGCUCGUGGUUGCGACUGCCAUGUCAUCUUACGUCGUCGUCUUUGACCUCGGGGAGGAUCGGCAGCAAGGGCCUGCAGAAGAUGCCUCCCCCGCUCCUGAUGACGAAUCAUCAGCCAUCGAAGACGGCCUCCCCCAAAGCAAUGCCAUCCCCACCGUGACGCGGAUGGCCACCAGCCCAGAUGGCCAGUGGCUCGUGACGACCGACACACACGGACGCACCUUCGUCUUCAACCUCGACUCCGUAACGUAUCACACCACCCUCCCCUCCUUCGCCUCCGCCAUCCACGCGCUCGCGUUCGACACUGCCAACUCGAGCACGCUCGUCAUCGGGCUCGCGAACAACACGGUGGAGGUGUACGACGUCGAGACGCGCUCGGUCGUCAAGCGGAUGCCUGAGAAGUUCCUGCAGAUGCACGACCCCAUCGUCGGCGUGACGUUCGACCCGGGGGCGACGGUCGCUCCGGCCAGUGAUGUGGUCGAGGGCAUGGACGCGGCGGGAAGGAGUCUCCCGCCGAGGAACGCGCUCUUCUGGGGCGCGACUUGGCUGUGCCGCAUCAAGCUGGAUGCGGAUCCUGGCUCGGGUGUCUUCGAGAAGAGGCGGCGGCGAGAUCCGUACGGGCGCAAACGCGGAGGGCGAGAUGGGGAACCCGCAGAAGAACUUACGCUGAUCACGAAGUACCGGCCUCUGUUGUUCGUCGACUUCAUCGGGCCUAAGGAGCUCUUGGUCGUCGAGCGGCCGUUAGUGGACGUCCUGCAUGCUUUACCUCCAGCCUUCUUCAAGCCGAAGUAUGGCAGGACAUAG